CCGCAGGAGAGUACGAGGUGAGUCGCCUUCGCUUUCGGCAGGGCCUUCGCGCGUUCUCUCUCUCUCUCAACACCCGCCGUCGCUAUCCGCUGCUCCGUUUUCUCCAGCAAAAAGCAAAGCUUCUUCCGCUCGCGCACAUCUCGUCGUCUGCGACGUCUUUGUGUCUGUCUUAAUCUUCCGCAUCUUCGGCGCGGCUCGUCACCGCCGUCGCCGCAAUCACCGUCAUCAUCGUCGACGUCGUCAUCGUUUUCUGUCUCGUCAAGAGCGCGCCGGCUGCGAGUUUCGAGCCACCUCGAGCCGCCGCGACCAAGCCGGGAUCGGAGUCGAGCGAGAUGACGCGAAAAAAAUGUGCAUCACAUCGACGUGGCUGAUGGGGCUGAAAUCGAGCCUCUCAUGCACCACAGUAGGUCUUAGAGGAUGCACAAGCUAGCCAAGGGCCUGAAGAAGAAGAAAAAGCCGAAGAAGGGCAAGAAGGGCGCGGAAGAGGAGGAGUUCGAUCCAGAGGAGCUCGAGCGUUAUCGGCGCGAGCGGGCGGAGGCCCAGCAGAAAGCCGAGGAGUCCGGCGAGUCGACCGGCGGAUCCGACGAGUGGAAAAAGUUCCAGGCUUUGACUGCCGGCGUCGACUCGGUCUUGAAGAAGACCCAGGAUGAUCUCGAUCGGAUAAAGUCGACUUCGUUCUUCCAGCGAAAAGCGCCGUUGGAAGAGAAGAAAUCGAAGGAAGAAGCAGAGCAAGAGGACGCCAAGAAGUCGUCGAAGAAGUGGGUAGGCUUCGACGAGGACGGCAAUCCAAUUGAAGCCGGACCGCCGGAAGUUGACGGUGGUAAAAAAGAUAAAUUCGCAGUCAACGAAGACGGAUUCGUAGAUGUACCGGAGGACGAGGAUGAGCAAGAGGAUUCCGCUGACGAAGACAUCUUCGAUACCACUUACGUCGACGUUCUUCAAAACAUCGAUGUUCAAUUAGCUUACAUACCGGAGAGUCCGACCGAAGAGGAAACCGGAGACGAUCCCUUCGACACUACCAGUGCCGACAAGGUUCUCAAAACAGUCGACAAGAAGGGUAAUAAGUUAGUCAGUCUAGGCAAUGCUGUUGAGGUGUUAUCGGGAAGGAUCGAUCAUGUAAGCAGCUGCAAGAUCACCAAGGGAAGACGACCUAGGCUUCAGCAAGAUCUAUUGUUAGACGAUUUUGAAGAGACAGAGCUGCCGCCGACGGAAGCGGUCUCUGCAGAACCGAUCAAGGUAGAGAAGACUUUGCUGGAUGACGACAGCGAUCUUCCCGAUAUUCCUGUUGACUUAACAAAAUUACCACCUGUGUUACCAAGACCAGUUACUCCCGUCACUCCUGUAUCUACUCAGGAAAAUAUAAUAUCGACAACUGCUGAGAAAACAUCUAACGGUCCGCUAGAUAUCUCAGAGUUUGAAAUUUUGAAAGAGAAAACCGUUUUGGAAGAGAUUCCUGACUUGGACGACACCGAAUUCGAUCUAGACGCCGCGCCAGAUGAAUCAGUUCGUCUCGACGAGGUCGAUGAUCCGUUUGCAGCGAAAGAACCGGAAACAGUCGAUUUUCAGACAGAGAUAAUCGAAGCUAGUUUCGAAGCAGCUACUUUUGUUGACGAGGCCGAUCCGUUUGACACCACAUUCGCGGAUAACAUCCUGCCGGGUAAAACAGAGCUGAAGUUUAUCGAGAAAGAACUCGAGGAACUGCCUGUCUCGGAAGUGUCCAUAUCUCUGACCGAUCCUGCAGGUCUUAAUAGAGAUUACGAGACUGGUUUAUUGAAGGUAGAUGAAAAACAGAACAAUGCUGGUUUACCUAAAAAGGAUCUGCUAGGCGGCUCGACGACCGAUCUCACUCAGUUAGCGGACCAACCGAUCGCACCUGUAGAAGAGAUCACUUAUGUCGAUCCUUUCGAUACAUCCGCGGUGAAGGAGCUUCCACCUGGACAGACAGAACUCAAAGUUUUAGAGAAGGAAUUGCUCGGCGAAAAACCUAGCGGUUAUAUUGAAGAAGACGAUGAGUUUGAUCCGAGAAAAGAUGAGGUUACCGUAAAAGAAUCAAAACCGUCACCUCCCAGACCACCUGUACCAGUUAAACCCGCGUUCGAAGUUAAUUUUGAGGGAGAUAUAAAGGACGAAGCAAUACCGACGAAGCUUGAGAGGAAGACUUCCCGUCCAGAAGUUCUUGAACUAGCCCCAUCCAAGACUGUUGCGUUUGAGAUACCGACGCCAUCGAAAAGACUAGAUCUUCUCGCGACUACAGAAGAAGAGAAGACUCUACCUUCCAAACCGUUGACACCGUAUUACUCGCAGAAGUCGCUCGAGGACGUCUUGCCUGUCGAAGAGGAAGAGGUAGAUGUCGAUCCGUUUGACACCAGUUUUGUUAAUAACGUCGCACCGGGAAAGACCGAGCUCAAGCUCAUUGAGUCGGAAUUGUUGAGACAGGAACCCAAGUUAUCUCACAGUUUGAGCGAUCACGACUUCGAUCCGAGAUCCGCCGCGGAGCCGAUUAGAAGACAAAGUGACUUUACAGCCACUUCGGUCACGCCGGGUAACUUGAAUCUUGCCCUGCAAUCGUCGGUGAUACAAAAAGUUGAAGAAGAAGUGAUCACUAAGCAGGAACUCCACAAGCAAGAGAGCUUGCUGGAUGCGGAGGUCGAAGUCGACGCUAAGCCUCUAACACCUAAAAUCGAAAGCAAACCAAUCGAAGAAGAAGAAAUCUCUUAUUCAGAUCCUUUUGACACUUCCAUUGCGACAAAUAUUCUUCCUGGCAAAGCGGAGCUGAAAAUUUUGGAGAGCGAAUUGCAGCAAAUUCCCGUGCAACCGCCGCGUCCCAUUAAUCUACCCGCGGUAGUGUCAAUCGUCCCGCCAACAGUCCCGCCAACAGUUCCGGACAUCGACGAUUUUGAUCCCAGAGCGGGCGAGGUGAAGGAAUCUAAGGAUUUCUUGUCCUUGGACGGACAAGAUCCGGGUGAUAAAGUGUUGACGCCGCUUCAGAACAAAGAUUUCAGUUUGAACGACGACGUGGAUCCCUUUGAUACGAGCUUUGCUACCAUCGAGCCAGGACGAACAGAAUUAAAACUUCUCGAAUCAGAACUGAUGAAAUUCAACUCAAUCAUCAUGGAUUCUAAGGGCGGAAAUCCAUUCCUAAUGGAUGAUUACGCGACGGAGCCGGAAGGCGAUUUGCCUCCGCAAGUCUCCAAUCCUUUUCUUCAGGAUUUCACUGACACAUCGAUCUCUGGCGUGGGUGAGAAUCCUUUCCUGAACUUCGCCAGCGAUCAAUCGUACGAACCUCCGGUGUCAGUCGAAUCUACCAAUCCGUUCGCCUCGUUCGGCAUUGAAAGUACCGCUCCGAGCACCGAUUUUGGAACGGCCGCUGAUAUUAAUACGCCAGCAACCAACGUCUUCACUAGCCAAUCAACCAACAUCUUUGUCACAUCUGAUAAUACGGAUGUAGAUUUAUUUGGAACAAUGACGACGACGUCGACGACAGAGCAACCAACAACGGUUGUCAGUCCGCCGCAAGAACAGGCGACGGAUGCGAUUGUUGCGACAGCUCCGACGAAGAACGGAAGACCGUCAAGACCACCACCGCCGAGACCGCAACCGCCACCGGUACCACCACCUGCCAAGAACACGAAGGAUUUAAUUCUGUCGGUCACCGGAGCCAUGGACGCGACUUCAAAUCACCUUUUGGAUCGCUUGCAAGCGACCAGGACACCCAGCCCCACGCUGAUGCAUUCUCCGUCACCAACUCCCGAACACAGUUUUGCCGAUCUUUUGGAUGUCGACAGCAAUGUUCCGGAUCUGAUUCCAGACGACAAGCCUGCAGAACUGCCGAAAAAUCAGGACAUCAUGGAUCUCUUCGACGCGCCCAACAUGGACGACACUGCAACUUCCAUCUUCUCCACUCCUAUGACCACAACGAGCACCACCAAUCUUGUCACCGGAGUCUCGAUGGCUUCUACCGUCAAGCAAGACAAUCCCUUCGCGAGCAUGGAAGAAGAGACAGCAUCUGUAGUUUCGCAGGAGCCUGCUUUUGAAAUGGAAUAUUCAGAAGACGCUCUUAGUAAAGAAAACCUUUCGAUAACUUCCACGACUCCUUUCAACGAAAUAGAGACGGAAGUUGGAAAAACUGGUACUGUAUUGGAUCUUGCAGAACCUGCUCCUAUGACUCAACCUGUGUCGACAACAGCCGCUGAUCUCUUUCAAGAAACAGAAGAAAUUUCCACUAGCGCUGACGCAAACUUCUUCUCAAUGGCCGAUACAACUACAACGACGCCGUUUGGCGUUGUCGAAACUACAUCCACACCUUUCGCAACCGCAGCGACCACUCAACCCCUAUUCGCUACGCCAGAAGUCACGCAGCCUACUCAAGAUGUCUUUGCCUCGGAUCUGUUGGGUGACUUCGGAGAACCGGCAAAGGAUGUUAGCAGUGGUCUUAUUCCCACCAGUCCGAUCUCAGCAACGGAAUUUUCCGGAACCGAAGUUUAUCGACCUGAAGAACAAUUGGAUAACUUUGCGUCCACGACAAGGGCGAUCGAGGACACCGGCGAUUCGUUCGACGCUUUCGCGUCCAAGUUCGACAAAGCCGCUGAACCGGAAACCACUACUAGAGAUCCUUUCUUGGACGCAUUUGGUGGACCGACCGCCAUGGAUACUUCCAGCGACGUCUGGGGAGACUCGUCAAUAGCUGGUUCGGAAACAGCGGUCACCGGUUUCGGAGAAUCUGACGGUUUCGAUUCCUUUUUGAGUAUGACAGCUCCACCAGAUGCGACAGUGAAAAGAUCCGAAUCCGCGGAAUCGGACGAGGGACCAGAUUUCAGUGUAUUUAUCAAACCGAAAGAAGGAGAUCAGAUGGGAACGGAAGGUGGGCCAGUACCUACAUUAGCUCCGCCACCGAAAAGCCCGCAGGUGGCCGCUUAUGCGGAUUCCUCGCCGCGUUUCAAUCCCUUCGAUAAAUCCGGAAAUGCGCAAGAUGCCGUGGUAUCCGAAACGGUUCAGGCGGCUGAAAUGGCAAGAACAGACUCUCAGGAAACUCCCCCUACUCCUUUGUUCGACGAGGACGUCAGCCAGCCUCUCGAGGACUUUCCGAGAUCGAUCUAUACUGGCGAAGGUUGGGAGAUGCAGUUGCGACAGCCGAACAAAAAGAAAAUAACAGGACAACGAUUCUGGAAGAAGAUAUUCGUCAAGUUGAUGUUUCAAGGCGAUAAUCCGAUUCUGCAGCUGUUCAAUAAUAAAGACGAGAAAGAUCCGUUUCAAGAAUUGCCUCUGCUUCCUUGUUACUCGGUGUCCGACAUCGGCGCCCAGCAAUUCGAUCAGUACGGCAAAAUAUUUACGGUGAAGCUGCAAUAUAUAUUCUACAAGGAGAGACCUGGCGUGCGACCGGGUCAGGUCACAAAAGCGGAAAGGAUCACGAACAAGCUCAGUCAGUUCGCAGCUUAUGCUAUACAAGGGGAUUAUCAAGGUGUCAAAGAGUUUGGGAGUGAUUUGAAAAAAUUAGGUCUUCCUGUUGAACACGCGCCUCAGAUCUCUCAGUUAUUCAAACUCGGUUCCCAAAAUUACGAAGACAUGAAACAAUUCUCGUGUGCCAUAGAGGAAGCUCUCUUCAAAUUGCCGGCACACCGGGACCGAGCGUUAAAUUACAAAAUGGAAGAGGUUCAGAUAACGGUCGUGGAUGAGCUCUAUGUCGAGCAAAACGUGGAAGGUCACGUAGAGAAGCAGAUCGCACGUGUUCGUCUUUUCUUCCUAGGAUUCCUUUCUGGUAUGCCUGACGUAGAAUUAGGAAUAAAUGAUAUGUGGCGACAGGGUAAAGAAGUUGUUGGCAGACACGACAUUAUUCCGGUCGUAACGGAGGAAUGGAUUCGCUUGGAAAAAGUCGAAUUUCAUUCGUGCGUACAGGAGGACGAGUAUGAAAAGUCGCGAAUAAUAAAGUUUAAGCCGCCGGAUGCAUGUUACAUUGAAUUGAUGCGAUUCCGUGUAAGACCGCCUAAAAACAGAGAAUUGCCGCUUCAGUUAAAAGCUGUCAUGUGCGUUACCGGGAACAAGGUGGAGUUGAGGGCGGAUAUUCUCGUGCCGGGUUUUGCAUCGAGAAAACUGGGCCAAAUACCGUGCGAGGACGUGAUGGUUCGCUUCCCCAUACCCGAGUGUUGGAUUUACCUGUUCAGAGUGGAGAAGCAUUUCAGAUACGGUUCAGUGAAAUCGGCGCACAGAAGAACCGGAAAAAUUAAAGGUAUCGAGAGAUUUUUGGGCGCGGUCGAUACGUUGGAACCGCAGCUGAUGGAAGUCACGUCCGGCCAGGCGAAAUACGAACAUCAGCAUCGCGCUAUCGUGUGGAGAAUGCCGAGAUUACCAAAAGAGGGUCAAGGCGCGUACACAACACAUCAGUUAGUCUGUCGUAUGGCUCUCACUUCUUACGACCAGAUCCCCGAUAAUCUCGCGGAAUAUUGUUACGUGGAGUUCACGAUGCCGGCGACACAGGUGUCCCACACGACCGCGAGGAGCGUCAGUCUUCAGAACACCGACAGCGACGCACCUCCGGAGAAGUACGUUCGAAACUUAUCGCGUCACGAAUACAGAGUGGAGAUCGAACAUACGCAGGGAGAAGGACCGGGUGCUUACGUCUCGGCGACGUUGGCAAAGAAGAUUCCGGAAAGCACGCCCGAAACUCACAGCGAAGUGUCCGACACGCCAGCCGACUCGGAUUCCGAUUCCUCGGAAUAAUGAGAAUGAUCGGUCAACGUCAAUCGAUCGCUCGUGUUGUAAUUAGCAUCAAGAGGCGAGAGAGACAAAGAGAAAGGGAGAAAAAAGCAGCUAGAAGGAGAACGCGUUACAUAAAUUGGUGUAGAGAGUAAUUGCACGGCCGACUCUAGUCGUUUAAGAAAGAGGUGAACAUAGGUACUAUAACGUGUGUGUAUGUUAUUAAUCUGUAUACAGAGAGAGAGAGAGAGAGAGAAAAAAUGCGCGCGAAUCGGUCGUAAGAGCGCGUUUCAACAUUUGUUUGUGUUUUUUUGUUGAUCAGUUGUUAGUUAAUGAACAAUUUAAAAGCAAAUCGAAGAACGCAAACGCUCUUUCACCUAGGUGAAAUGUGUUGAUAAAUAAUGUUUACAUCACGCGGAUGAAAUAAAUGUUCAAAUUGCUUUUCAAUUGUUAAUCAACAUCAAGCAGGUGAUGAACAAAAUCGAACCGUGUAAACGCGCCUUAAGAUAUGUUUCGUAAGUCGCCGAUGGUUGGUUGUAUUAAACGGCAGGUAAUCGUCACUUUGAAACUCUCUGAACUUGUUACGAAUACUGAAUAUAAAAAAAAAAAAAAAAAAAAAAAAAUAGGAAAACGUUGAAAAUUCAAUUUCUAAGCACAACACUUCGACGAUGGAUAACACCGUUACCUCAGUUAAGUUGAUUGACGGUAAUAUUCGCUAAAAAGGUAAUUUGAAAUUGAGCUACCAAAUUAUUGUUACUUAUUUAUUUUAUUUCGCGAAUUCGAUUGCCGUUAUUUUUACUUCCGAUACUCGAUCUCCGAUCGGUGGAAAUUCAUUUUCCAAUUGCAAGAUAAUUUUACGAGCGGGCGAUUCGCGAAAUAUUUCUCUGUCCGCAUUCGCGCGCAACAUAGUCAUUAUUACGACAAGUAAGUAAAAAAUAAAAAACAAAAAAAAUAAUUCGAAAAGGAAGGACAAUACCCAAUACCGUUUUUCUGUUCUGCUUAGCCCAUUAAGAUGUUAGAACACUCGUGAUGAAAAGCUUUGUGCUCAUGAUACAUAUUCGUGGUGUGUUUUAAAAGACUCAUUGAUAUGUAUUCUUACAGACGACUGCAGCGUUGAAACUCUAUUGUUGAUGAGAACAAACGCGCAUUGUGCACUUUCUUAAACAGUACAACAACAACAACAAAAAUAAAUUAGAAAUAAAUUUUUCAAUUAGAAAUUAUAUUUCAAUCUUUUUAAGCGUCAUGUCAUAGAUCUUCUGAUUUGUAAAUUAAAUCAAGAUUUGUAUUAUAGAAAUUUGUAUUAUAGAAAUUCAAAAUAUUUUAUUUUUCGGAAUAUUUUGAAGUUUUGUUUGAUUAUAUAUAUAUAUAUAUAAAUAUACAUCUUUAAACGCACACAUCUCAACACAAUCACAGUCACGCAGCAGAAGUCUCAUAAGACAACAUUGUCAAAUAUUUGAUGAGUUAGAUAAUAAUAAACUUAAAUAUAUCAAUCGAGGAAAGAAGACACUCUGGCUAUAUCACGUCGUCGCUGUAAUCAGAAGGCAAUGAUUUGUUAAAUAUCGUUAUUUGUUUUAUAGACGCGAUGCAAGCAUAUCUCAUUGUUUGAGCUUAUAGAUGAUCUAUGCAUAAUGUUGGCUAGUAGUAAUCUGUGGCUGGCAACAUAAAAUAGAUAUCUAAUUAUUGAUCAACAGUCAUGUUUACUCAUGCAUUAUCCAUCUUUUAGAACAACGUGUAGAUAACAAUAAUAAUAAUAAAAUAACGUGAAGUACCGGUAUUUCUAUAAUAAGAGUGUCUGUUGUGUGUAUGUAUGUAUGACUCUGAUGUGUGUGUGUGUGUGUCUGUGUAAUGGAUUUCAAAGACUGUAUGAGAGUCUAAUAAGAGUCUUUAGGAAGUGUUAACAGUACGGAUCGUAUCGGACAGUAUCAGAUAGAUUGUAAAUUGUAAAAGCGUUUCGGGGGGGGGGGGAGAGAUUUCUGUUUCGUUAUCGUUUUAUUUUCAUCCUUCUCUCUCAAUCCACACGUUGACAAUUCGCCCACUUUGCAGGCAAGCUAAGCUAAAAAAACCAUGUACAAUAAGUAGAAUUAAGUAACUGAUAGCAGUGCUAACACACACAGCUGUUAUUGAUAGAAUAACAAGAAAUGAGAAUAAUUAGGGAUUGUACGCAAAAAAAAAAAAAAAAAAAACUAGAGAGAAAUCUUUUGACAGGUUCUCUCUCUCAAUCUGCACGACAGACCAAAAAUAAAAUGCAUCACUCUCCGUGAAAAUUGUAGUCUAGAAAAUUUUUGUUUUAUUAUCGUUUUAUUUUGAUAUUUUAUCGAUCGGCAUGCUGACAUUGCCGACAUGCAGGCAAAAGCAGCAUUCAAAUAAAGCUUAAUAAACCAAAGAAUAGAUAAGAAAAAAAACAUAGGAUUAAGUCCUGUAAUGGCUGUACGUCAACAGCUAAUGAUGGGACACCAAAACUUAAAAAUAAUUAGACUUUAACAGAGAGAGAAAUAUCUGAAGAGAUAUUUCUGUGUAAUAGUGUAUAUAUAAUAAUAUAUAAUAAUACAUAUAAUUUAUAAUAAUUUGAUUAAAUUUAAGAUAUCUUAUACAUACAAAUCGGGCUGAAGAAAAAAAACGCAAGUUUUAUUUAUGAUAAGUUUUUUGUUUCCGCGUUCUUAUCCUACAGAGGCAAAAGAUAAAAAUUGUAGUUUAGAAGAUUUCUGUUUUGUUAUUGUUUUACUUUUUAUAUUGUGUGCGAUCGGCGUGCUUUGUCAAUAUAUAUCAAAGACACGAAACGCCGCAGUCAAGACUAAAUCGAAAGAUCGAUCGAAAGAUAGAUUUGAAUAUCUACUAAUGGCUGUAUCGAUGGCUGGUAUCAACAGCUAUCGAGAUAGGAUAGCAAAAAUUAGGAACAGUUAGACUUCGUAUAUAAAAAAGAUUAGAGAGAAAUCUCACGCGAAGAGGUCAUCCCCUGUAAUCAUGUACUAAAUACGUAUGAUCUCUAAAAUAAUUACAAAAAGUAACUUUAUACGUAAGGUAUCUAUAUAAAACAAUUAGAGAAAAACGUAAGUUUCAGUUAUGUUUGUAAUUUUUUGUUUUCACGUUCUCAACCUGCACGACAGGACAAAAGAGUUGAUUCUAGUCCAUAAUAGUUAAGAAAGUCGUACGAUACGGACGGACAUGUUCCGACGAUCGCACGCUAGGCGGAUAAGGUUUAGACUAAGGAAAUUUGAAAAUUGUAUUUUGUUAAAUGUAACUUGUAAUAAUAUCGCAGAAACAGUUCGGCGUAAGAGAUCGAGCACAUCUGUUAGUUGUUGAUUGCCAUUCUGAUCACCGACGACGUGUAGUUAGAUAGUUCUCUUGAAUGUGGUCUCUUAUAAUUACAUAUGUUUUGCGAAAAACUGACGCGACAAAAAACGCUAAAUUAUAUUUUAAGAGACAAAGGAAAUAGUAUAUUUUAUAAGAAAUAUACAUAUAUAUAUAUAUAAGAGAGCCAAAUAAAAUCGAUACAACAUCGUCUAAAAACAAAACUAUUAUUUUAUCUCUUAUACUAAAACUGUUAUCAAAUUAAAUAUCAAUCAUUAUAUUAAUAAUUAUUAAAUAUAAGUUGUUGUGUACUAAUUUUUACAUUUUUCAAAUCUAUGUAAAUUCAUUAUGUGUCAACAGAUUGUUUUGAAAAAAAGAUACAUCUUCGUUUUUACAGCAAUUAAAAACAUUUGAUGUAUUUUAUUGCCGAUUAUUUUAAAGAAAUGUGCGCAAAGCGAAAUUCACGAAAAUCUAAAUCGAAUUUAAUGCUCCUUCGCUCGUUUAAAACAAAGCACAAAGCUUUUCGAGCUAUAUAGUGUCAAAGUUUAUUUUGAGUUUGAUAUAAAUCUUGAACGGACUUUGGGCAAGAUUUUUCUCGCAAAAAAGCUUGCACCAAGACGUGACGUUUCCAGCUCGUGAUCUCAAAAUAUGCGUAAAUCGUACCCGUCGUGCGAUCCAGAACGGCGUUCGUGUAUCUAACAAUAAGCAAAAAAAAAAAAAAAAACUGCAUAAAUACAGUUAAACGUUGCAUGUAUAAAUUUUAGGAAAGGAUAAAUAAGCUUAGAAUAAGCGUCGCAUGUUUGCAAGUAAUUUUGAAAAAAAGAGAAUGUGUGAGUAAAGAAGAGGGAAAAUUAUGUGCGAGACUUAUGAAAAAAAAAAAAAAAAAACAAUGAGGAGAGUUCGAUUAUACAAUGUAAAGAGGAAGAGAGGAAGAAAAGUCGAUACUUUACACAUGUUACUGUGGUUCUAUAUCCAUGUUUGUCUCUUUAAAAAUAGCUUUUCUAUCUCGAAAGAAAGGAAAGACUUAAAAGAACACACACACACAAACACAGCAGUUCAGGAGAAUGUCAUGAAAAAAACAAAGUGUCGAAAAAAACAAUCUCUCUAUUCUACACUUUACGAAAUACGAUGCAUUAUAUAAUAUAACUCGUUACUUUUAUUUAUAUAUAUAUAUAUAACUGUAUUUUAAUACAAUCACGUAAUUUGUUAAAUCCUAAAAGGCUCAUCAUAGCGCUAACGAAUACAUAUAAUUCGAAUUAGUUUUGUGAAAUGUGAUGGUAUUCUCUACUUCUGUAAAAAAAAAACAAAAAAAAAAAGAGAGAAGCGUAGCUUGAUGUUAACUAUAUGUAAUAUUGAAAAUAGACACAUUUUUUUUGUCUGACGAGAUUAGCAUCACGAUCCCCCCAUUUCAAUAUACAUAUAUAUACAUAUAACGUGUCGUGUGCGUAUUCGAUCGACAUCCUCGAAAAAAAAGCAUUAUUUAUCUCCAUAUGCAUUGUAGAAAAAAAAAAAAAUUGUAGACGAUAUAUGUAUAAACCCUGUUGACUCAACUUGGCACACACACACACACACACACAAAAAAGAGAUACAAUUGUAAAGAAAAUAACAAGCCGUAGAUUAACAAACAUAGCCGUUGUCCCUAUACCAUUAAUUGAAGAAAAUAAAAAAAAUGUUCUGUACAGGUGAAGAAAGUCUGUAAAGAUAAAAAGUCUAGUCAUGCUUUUUGUGAGAAACGAUAUAUAAUACUUAGCAAAAUAAGGAGAAACGAAAAGCGGAACACGUAUAGGUAUUCGCGCGUGAGAAGAGGAAGAGGUGCGUGACAUGGAUGAAAGAGAUCAAUCGUGUGUGUUCCUUUGAUUGUAAUAUCGCUUCUUUUUUGUAGGCUCUCAAGCGCGCGCGAAUCGCCCUUAAAUGAAAUCAUCGCGAGGACAACAGCUUCGUUCCAGCUUGCGCUUUUGACUGUGCGAAUGUAUGUGCAAUAAAAGCAACUAGAAAAGAGCUUUGUACUAAUUUUGCAAAAAAACAAUAUAUAUAUAUAUAUAUACACACGCUGCUAGCUGCGCCGUUCUCGUCUAAUCGUAUUCAAUCCGCUGUGCGAUUUUCUAGGCAAUAACUAAACACACGUCGAGAGUCUUGCCGAGUCAAUUUUUUGCGGACGCGUUUGUGUCUGUUUUAUUGAAGACCAAGUUGUCACAAGAAAACUUUGCCAAAGAUAAUUGAAUUUCAUGAAAAUGUGUUCAGAGUGCGCAUAGGUCCUUGAACUGUCAAGAUCUAUCAGGAUCGAAACGUUUAAAAUUAAAAACACGCAUUAUUGAUUAAAAAAAAAAAAAAAAAAAA